UUUAAAAAAUUAAAAUUAUUUGCAUCCAAUUUUAGUCAAUAGUGUAAUCUUUUACUAGUUUCAUACAAAAUGCUGAAAUUGGUGAUUACUGGAAUCGUUCUUCUCUCCCUGUUUGCCGCUCCUUUGUCAGCUCUGAAAUGUCUCGAAUGUUCUGGGGUUUCGUCUGACGAAGAAUGCCGAGCAAAAGGAAAGAUUAGACAAUGUAGAUUCAACGAGGAUGCUUGUGAAAUUGAGCUGCGUCGACAUGAGGGCUGGGGUCACACUUUGAAGAUUUACAAACAUUGUAAGCAGUCCAAGGCAUGCGAUGAUAACCAUGUACAGAACCCCAGGGCAGCUUGGAUGCCAAGUCAAUGCAAUCCUGAAUCAUUCAACUCAGUUUGUAGAUGCUGCUGUUACGAGGAUGAGUGCAAUGUAGCAAGAGAUAGUUGCUUUGGUACUCCUGGCUGUGGCCGUUUACCAAGUUAUGUGCAUCAUGGUUCUAUCUCAUGUACAAACGGGAGAAACUACGGAAGUUCAUGCACCGUCUCUUGCAAUUCAAAUUCUCGAAUGAGCGGAAAAGCAACAACAUAUUGUAGACAUGAUGGAUACUGGAGCUACCCUGUGCCCCAAUGUCUCGAUGUUCAAUGUCCACCAAGAAGAGCCCUCGUUAAUGGAUGGUACAUAUGCACAAACAACCAUAUGAGUGGUAGCGCAUGCUCGGCUCGAUGUCGACCAGGGUUCCGAUUGACUGGCCCCAUCAGAAGCAGUUGUAUGAAUACUGGAAGAUGGAAUUACUACAGAGAACCAAGAUGCAUUCCCCUCCAGUGUCCACCUCGCGGAAGAAUUGAUGGGGGAGUCGUAGAAUGCUCCGAUAAAAGAAAUCUUCAGAGCAGAUGCCAAUCUUCGUGCACAGGGUUCAGACGACUCACAGGAGUUAUUGAAAGUUAUUGCCAAGAUAACGGAAAAUGGAGCCAUGCUUUGCCAACAUGUGAACUCAUUCAAUGCCCAGUCCGAGGAACAAUCAAACAUGGAGAUGUAUCUUGCUCACUUGCAGAAGAAGUUACAAGUAUUUGCCAGGCAACUUGUAACGUUGGUUAUACUCUUGUUGGAGUUUCGCAGAGUUCUUGUUUACCAACUGCAGCCUGGAGUGAGCCAUUACCAAGAUGUGUUCGUACGCAAUGUCCUAACCGAGGUCUUGUUCUCAAUGGUAAAGUCUCAUGUUCAGAUUCAGAGUUUGUUGGAAGUAUUUGCACCGUAUCGUGUGACCUUCAUGCACAACUCAUUGGACUGGAAAUCAGUGAAUGUCUCGCAAACGGAGAAUGGGAUGUCGCCUUGCCAGUAUGCCAAAGAAUUGAAUGUCCUGUAAGAGGAACUAUACUCAAUGGAGAAGUAUUCUGUACAAAUCAGCGAUUUGUCGGAAGUGUAUGCACAGCCGAAUGUGUCCCAGGAUUGCAGAUCUCUGGUGUUUCAAUCAGCACUUGUUUGCCAUCUGGAGAAUGGAGUGUCGCUUUACCAUCUUGUGAACUAAUCACAUGCCCGUUACUUGAUUUCUCUGCGGAACCUGGUUUUAUGAUUUGCGAUGAUGAAUUCAAUUUCGGGAGCACUUGCACGUUCACAUGCAAUACUGGUGUCCAAUUGUUUGGUUCUCAAAGAGUCAGAUGUCAACGUAAUGGACGAUGGACUGCCAAUAUACCGUCAUGUCGGCAGAUAACUUGCCCACCAAGAGGGCUGGUUCGUAAUGGAGUUGUUUCAUGUUUUGAUGGAAAUAAUAUCGGAAGCAACUGUGGGGUCACAUGUAAUGUCGGUUUCGAACUGGUUGGUAUAUCUGAAAGCAGUUGUUUACCAAAUGGCAGAUGGAGCGUUAGACUUCCUCAAUGCCAAGCCAUCUUUUGUCCACCACGAGGAUUAAUAGUAGGAGGAAGCAUCUCAUGUUCGGAUGGAAACGCAUAUGGAAGUACAUGCACCGCAUCAUGUCUGACAGGAGCUCGAUUAGAAGGAUUUUCUCUCAGCCAAUGUAUCGGUAAUGGAAGAUGGAGUGCAGCAUUGCCACUUUGCUUGGAAACGGGAUGUGCUCCAAGAGGAAGGGUUCAAAAUGGCUUCGUUUCAUGCUCGGAUGAUAAUGAUGUAGGAAGUGAGUGCAGUGUCACAUGUAACAUUGGCUUCCAACUUGUCGGUUCAUCAGUCAGCAACUGUUUAGCAAGCAACAGAUGGAGCUUUGCUCUAGCUUCCUGUGAACCGAUCAUCUGUCCACCACGAGGUCUUGUUAUUGGAGGAAGCGUAACAUGCACCAACGGUAAUAGAUAUGGAAGUAUUUGCUCAUCCGAAUGUCCUAUAGGAGCACGAAUGGAUGGAUUUGCUGUGAGCGAAUGCUUAAUCACAGGAAGAUGGAGUGUAGCAUUGCCAACUUGUCUGGUUACUCCAUGCGAAAAUCAGGGAACCUUGGAGCACGGUUCGAUAUCUUGUACAAACUCUUGGAAUAUCCAAUCAACUUGUAAUUUCCGAUGCGAAGAAGAAGGCUAUCAAUUGUAUCCAGCUGAGAGAGACAGCAACGUCUGUAGACCGAAUCAACUUUGGAAUGUGCCAAAACCUUGCUGUGCCAGGCCCUGUCCACCGUAUGCUGUCAUGGACAUCGUUUUAGUUCUUGAUUCUUCAUCGUCAAUCGGAGCUGAAAACUGGGUUUCACUGACCAACUUUGUUCGAGGGAUCAUCAGAUCUUUUGUUGUUGCACCUGAUGCUGCAAAUUUUGCGAUUUUCCGAUACAAUCGUAAUGUGGACACAGAGACUCAGAUAUUCUUGGACAGUCAUCCUGGUGAUAUGGACGCUUUGAUCGAUUCAUUUGGAAGAAUUCCAUAUGAUGGAAGUGGGACCUUCACUGGACGCGCUCUUCAGCAUGCUCUGGAUGUUAGUUUGGCGGCAGGCCGUGGCAACAGACCUGGUGUUCAGGACAUUGUUUUUGUCAUUACUGACGGAAAAGCUGCCGAUGAUGUCAAAACUCCAGCAGAUGGACUCCGCGCAAUGGGUGCAACGAUGCUUGUUCUUGGUAUCGAGCCACCACGUGGACGCCUCGAUGUUGGGCAGCUUCAGGAUAUCGCCGGUGGAGACGAGAAUCUUGUCAUUGCAUCUGGAGGUUUCGAAGGACUGGAUGACACUUUCUCUCUAAGACUUAGUAGAACCAUUUGUGGAGAACCGUGCAAGUAGAAGAAAUAUUGGAGUAUUACCUCAAGAAAAAAUGCUGCAUAUAUUUGGACUGGUCAAAGAAUUUUCUGAAUUUUAUCCUUUUAGGGACUUAUAUAUGUAAAGGAUUGGAUUAGUUAUAUUUAGGGCUGGGCAUUUCGAAUCGAUAUUAAAUUAUACUAAUUGGUUCAGACAAAAAUUUCGAAUCGCUGCCAUAUUUUUUUUUGUCCGUCAAAGGUCGAGGUGAACCCCCCAAUUUUUUUAUUUUAUUGAAGCCAUAUUUUUGAAAUACAAUUCUGAAAUGCGACUCUCUUUCUUCCUGGUGAGGUAUUGACGAAAAUGUUUUAGCGAACUGUCUUGAGUGAUGAAUUUUAUGUGAUUCAGCAAUUUGUGUGUUUGGAGAACUCAUUACAAUAAAAUCAGGCAUACAAUCACAUAUCUUCCAAGUCCUUGAGAUUCGAUCGAUUCUGAAAUUAUUUGAAGUGGCCCAGCGCUAUUUAUAUUUCGAUUAGGUGUUGUAAGUACUCAUCUAGCAAUGUUGAAUCAGAGUUCUUAAGCGCGACGAAUUUUCGUGUUUGGAUUGAGCAAAUUAGAGUGUAUAAAAUAGUUGCAGGAAUUUGCAAGGAUUACUUUUCUUUUUUUUCAAUUCCACCAAGUGAAAAACUUGAAUAAAACUGUCCAAAUUUGAGCAGUUUUUUAUAUUUUACCUUUUGCUGUGUUAUCUUAAUUGCGUCUUCAUAUUCUCUACCUCGUAUAGCUAAUCUAUUACCUCAAAUACCAUGGCAGGAUGCAUGUCAAUUUCAAUUUUGACCUAAAAGUGUUAAUAGACUUUAAUAUUAUUUUCGUGGAAACUUGGCUGCCUCAAUUCCUAUAUUAAUCGCACAACUUCUGAAAUAAACAAUUAACAAAUCACA